UCUGGCAGGAUACGGCCGGCCUGCUUCCGCUUGGAAAGCGUGUCUGUGCAAGUGUUUCGCGCGUAGCUGCAGCUUUUCUGAGCAAUGCAGAAGGGCAACACGAAUUGUUGCGUAGUGGGCUGCAACAGCACGUACAGCAACUCACCGGGAACAAAGUUUUACCGGUUUCCGAGCCGACCGUAUGAAGCAGAACGGCGUCAACGCUGGAUCGCGCUCGUCCGACGGCAGAGAGAUGAUGGCAGCAACUGGACACCUGCAGCACAUAGCAGGAUAUGCAGCAAACAUUUCGUCGGUGGCACGAAAUCUAACGAAGAAGGCCACCCCGCUUACUUCCCCUCAAUAUUUCCCGCUGCGUACAAGACAUCGACCGGGCCUUUGUCAAGUGACCGUUACGCGAGAAAAAGAAAGCGCCAGGAGCAAAAGAUAGAGGAGGCACGACAGAUACCCAGUUGUGACAGUCAAGAAACAGGGUGUGUCACAAGCCCCGAACCACAGAUUUCGGACAGCCCGCCUCACAGUGACAACUUAAGUGCGUCCGCCUGCAACCAGUCUGCAGAUGACGUACACCGUGUCGAUGCCUCAACAAUGACGGAAGGCGGCAGCGCUACUUUCAGCAUGAACUUCACAUUUAUAUCAGAGCUGUGCGAUGGAAAUGCGUCAUCCUACAUCAGUCACAAAGAAGUGUGCAGCACAGGCUUGGGCAGCUCAUGCAUCCGGGCUUUUCAGACAAAAGCACUGGGCUGGCGUGCAAAGAGCCUUUCUUCGCAGGGUUCAGAUCUCUUCAGCAUGAUGAAAACGCCUUUCAUGCGUUUACAGCAAUUGAUUUUUCUUUAUUUGCUCUGCUGUUAAGCAUACUGCCACCUGCUCCAAAAAAGUUGAAUGAGCUGUCUAUUGAAGACAAGAUUCUGUUAUUUUUGAUCAAUCUUAAGCA